AGAAGACUCCUGUACGGUCCAUGCUGACACCAGAGCUCAUUAUAAUGACAAAACAGUUAGCAACUGUUGUCAGGGUAUAAAACAUGCUAAACAUGAGCUCAGUGUAGUUGACUGUUUGACCGGCACAGCUGACAAAAUGGGAAAGAUCAUCUUCUAUGAGGACAGGAACUUUGGAGGUCGUCACUAUGAGUGCAACAACGACUGCACUGACCUCCACUCCAUGUUUGACCGCUGUCGCUCCAUUCGAGUGGAGAGUGGCAUGUUCAUGAUCUAUGACCGGCCUGGAUACACCGGACACCAGUUCUUCUUGAAGAGAGGAGAGUACUCUGACUACAUGAGCACGACCGGAAUGACCGACUGUGUCCGGUCCUGCCGCAUGAUUCCAGUGCACAAUGGCUCCUUCAGGCUUAGGCUGUAUGAGCACUUUGACAUGGGUGGCACAAUGAUGGAGCUGGCAGACGACUGCUCCAACGUCAUGACCCGCUUCCAUAUGUCCAACUUCAACUCGUGUAACGUGGAGGGCCACUGGCUGGUGUACGAGCAGCCCCACUACAGGGGGCGGCACUACUACCUCCGCCCCGGCCAGUACAAGAGCUUCAACGACUGGAGUGGAAACAGCUCCAGGAUGGGCUCCAUCAGACGCCUCAUGGAUCUCUAAUGACAGACAAAUCAAUUUUAGUAAAGUUCCUCUUGUUUGCUGUGUAUCACACACUGAAUAAAAUGACUUUUACACUAAAA